AUGUAUGAUGAGAGACAGAAUCUGAAUGCAAGAACAUUCCUCAUGAAUGAGAACAUGGCUGGUUUGCAAGGUCCAGCCCUUUGGGCCUACAAUAAUGCAAGUUUUACACAGAGUGACUUUAACAAUUUGAAGAAACUGAGCGGAGCCACUAAAGAAGAAGACACAACAAAAGUGGGAAAGUUUGGUUUGGGAUUCAAUUCUGUUUACAACCUAACUGAUGUUCCAAGCUUCAUCAGUGAAAAUACUUUGGUGAUAUUUGACCCUCACAAAUCAUACUUAGGGAAAUCUGGGCUGAAAGCAAACCUCAAAAGUGUGAAAAAUCAGAGGAUGAUGAGAAAUAUGAAUGGACAAUUAAAGCCGUUCGAGGGAAUAUUUGGCUGUCAAGUCAUCAAAGAUGGAAAACGUGACACUACAUGUCAUGGCACACUUUUCAGAUUCCCUUUGAGGACACCAGAACAGGCUGCUACAAGUGAAAUUAAAGAUUUGUCCUACUCAAGGCAUGAGAUGGAGACAUUUUUCAGAAAAUUUGCAGAAGGAUGUGGAAAUCUUACCCUUUUCACGCAGUAUGUGUCAUCGGUAAAGUUCUUCUAUUUACCACGCAAUGGAGACCCAAAUAUGCCAGAACUUCUCAUUCAUGUGACAAAAGCAAUAACAGACCAACGAAUCCUGUCACCUCCAAAUUCUCUUCUUAAUGAAUUUACUGUGUUGUCAUAUGCAGCUCAGGAGUGGAACACCCACUCAGGAGAGUGCCUCAAAAUAACUGAAAAAAGUGAUGUCCAGCUUGAAAUUUGUGACACAGACAUGACAACAACACAAAAGUUAAAUCCUAGUGUGACCACCCAAUCGUGGGUCAUUACCUGGGUAACUGGUCAAAAAGAAUCGCAGCAGUUUGCACAGUCUGGAAAGCUCAAAGGACUGCUUCCAUUAGCGGCUGUUGCAAUUCCACUGACUUUAGAAGAUGGAAGACAAGGUAUCUGUGAAAUGGCCAAAUGUCCAACAGGAUUCUAUAGAGAAGGACAUUUCUUUUGCUUUUUACCUCUGCCGGUGCACAUUCCGUUUCCAGUACACAUCAAUGCACCAUUUGCUUUGACAACAGACAGAAAACAAUUGUGUACACAAACUGAAGAUGACAAGAUGAACUAUGAGGCUGAGUGGAAUACAGCUCUGUUUAAAGAUGCUACAUGUAGAGCUUACAUAGCUGGGCUGGAACAACUGGAGAUCACAGACCCUUCAAGCGUUGGUCAGUAUUAUGGCUUGUGGCCUACCGCGCCACAUGGUAAUCCUGACUGUAUGGUACAAAGUUUCUAUGAGCUUAUAACAGCUGAGACACAUUGUAUGUUUCCGCAUGAUGACAAUGGUGCACUUGAACGGCUGUCAUUUCAAGGAAUGUAUAUUCUUGAACCAAAACUUCGUUGGAAUGAUGAUAUUGGAAUGAUGGCCUUCAAAGCAACAUCUCACUUUCUAAAGUCCACAAAUAGAAAAGUUGUAGACCUUCCUCUACAACUCAUCCAGCAGUUUUGUCUGUCUGGACUGAUGUCGUGUGUUACUUCCAGGCUUAUCACAACAUCAGAGUUUUUCAAGACAAUCUUCUUCCCAAACAUAAAUGACAGUUACUGGUCACCAACAGAGAGAGAUAGUUUGGUAUUGUUUGCUCUGACAUAUCAGAAUGAAAGUGUUGAAGACCUCAUAAGAACAUCCAGAUGUAUUCCAACAGAGCCUUCAGGUACUCUGAAAAUGCCAUGUGAACUAAUUCAUCCACAUAAGCAAUGUGCAAGGAUGUUUUCUGAAGAAGAUGAAUGCUUCCCAAGAGGAUUUAGGUCUUGGGGAAUCAACUUUUGUGACCAGAAGGUGGUAGGCAUUCUAUGUAAGUAUGGAAUGGUCCAAGAUGAACUCCCAUGGGAACUCCUUGUUGAGCGAGCCAUGUCAGUUGGGAAGCUAGAAAAACAGGAUGCUAAAACGGCUCACGAGAGAAGUGGACAGAUCUUAAAGUAUCUUGGCAGUGGGAUUCACCAUUGGAAGAAAUGUUAUGCCACUUGUCCUGAAGCAAUACAAUCUGAAUUACAAAACAUCUCCUUUCUACCUGUUCAAAAACGUCCCUCAAUCUGGCCUUUAAAGUGGAAAGCAGAUGACACAGAAGGAAAAGCAUUUGCUUGUCCAAGUGAACUUUAUUUGAAGAGUGUUUCAAGCUUAGUGGCUUCGUCACAGUUAAUUUUGGAUGACCAUUUUGACUCUUAUGUCAGAGUGGACAUGGAUGUUUUGUCUUGGCUUGGUGUGAAAGGAAAGGAAGAUGUUGACCUGGCUGUAGCCUCAGAACAACUGCUCCUUGUUUCCAAAUCUAUAAAAGCACUGGCUGAUAAUUCUUCUUCCUAUGAGCUUAAGAAAUUGUGCAAACACAUAUAUACAUUUCUGAACAUUAAGUGUGGAGAGGGGAUGCCCAAAUCGGAAUGA